AUGGUGUUCGAUGUCAUAACGGAAAAUGUCAGAGAGGAACCACCCUGGUGUGUAUUAUGUGCUGAUGACAUUGUCUUAGUGACCGAAAGGAGAGGACAGCUGGAAAGAAAAUUAGAAGAAUGGAGAGUUGUUUUGGAAAGCAGAGGAAUGAGGAUUAGUAGGUCCAAAACUGAAUAUUUUACGACGGAUACAAGGGGCGAUCAACAGGCCACAAUUAGACUGAAUGGUGAAAAGUUGAAGAGAGUGAAAACAUUUAAGUACUUGGGAUCGAUGGUAGACGAGACAGGGGAAAUGGAAAAAGAAGUGAACUUUCGGAUUCAGUGUGGCUGGAACAAUUGGCGGCAAGUUUCGGGUGUGAUAUGCGAUAGAAGGGUACCAGUAAGAGUGAAGGGCAAAGUCCACAAAGCAGUCGUUAGACCUGCUUUGAUGUAUGGGCUAGAAGCAGCACCUUUGAAGAAGAUUGAAGAGAGGAAGAUGGAUGUAGCGGAGAUGAAGAUGUUGAGAUGGAUGGUGGGAGUCAACAGAACAGACCGAAUUAGGAAUAAGUACAUAAGAGGAACGGUGAAAGUAGUUGAAGUCUCCAAGAAGAUCCAGGAGUCAAGGUUGAGGUGGUAUGGACACUUGAGAAGAAGAGUUGGCGAAGACCACGUAGGAAGGGAGAUCAUGGAAAUGGAGGUGGAGGGAGUUAGAAGUAGAGGACGGCCCAAAAGAAGAUGGAUUGACUGCAUAAACGGAGAUCUUGGGGAGAAGAAUAUAAAUCCAGAGAUGGCAAACAAUAGAAAUACGUGGAGAAGGCUCAUUCACAACGGCGACCCCGAAUAG